UUGGGUGCAGUGCUGCUUCUCAUGUGUCCUCACUUUGUGCUUCUCCCUGCCCUCUGUGUCAGGUGUGCCUGUGACCCCGAGCCAUGUCCUGCUGCCAGCCCUGCGACCCUUGCUGCCAGCCCUGCGGCCCCUGCCCGCUGGCCAGCAGCUGCAAUGAGUGCUGUGUCAGGCAGUGCCAGAGCUCCCACGUUGUCAUUCAGCCGCCUGCUGUGCUGGUGACCCUGCCCGGCCCCAUCCUCAGCUCCUCCCCACAGAACACCGCCGUGGGAUCUUCUACCUCUGCUGCUGUUGGCAACAUCCUCAGCUGUGGCGGAGUGCCCAUCAGCUCUGGGGGCUUUGACAUCUCCUGCAUCACCAACUGCUAUGGCAGCAGAUGCUGUCCCCCCUGCUAAAGAUGCUUCCAACAUCCUUGGGCAAGAACCUCCACAGCCUUAGAAUAUGGAACUGAAAUGAAGAUGCAUCUUUGGAACAAUGAUUUUGUGCGUUUGGUUUGCUGCUAUUUUCAUCCACUCUCUUCUCUUCCCUUCCCUUCCUGUCAGCACCACCCAA